AGGUCGGACAUGCGCAGUACCAGUGUACGCUAUGGAGGCGUGGACACCCAUCGGCAACCUACCCACGGCAAUGCACCUCCUCGGAAUUUAGCUGGUGACCAAGGCACGCGAAGAAAAUGCACGCACGUUCUAGUUCUUAGUGCAGUUAUCGCACAUUCGGAUCUGUAUGAUCAGAAAUCGUAGCUGUAAGUUGCGUCGUCCGUGGCACUAGACAAAAUAUUACAGCUACAGCUCAUGAUGUGACUGCCUUGUGUAGGAGUCACGAACUGAUCGACAUUCCGCAACACGCCAGCUCUGCAACUGUGCUUUCCAGAGGGUGAUGUGUACUCCAUGGAGGGCCCACUACCAUUUCAACAGCUAAUUGCUCAUCAGAUCAUCCAUGCUGAUGCUGAUGGACCUGAACCAGAAAUCAACCCAGUAUUGGUCCCCAGCCAUGAUAAAGUGUGGAGCUGGAGCCCCAUGUUCAGCAGAGGGUUUGAAGAUUGUGCACAAGAGGCUGUGCGGUACCUGGUGGAGGACGAAGGACUGGCAGUUGAGGACCCAGUCAUAGUGGGACUGUUGCAGCACCUUCGUUCCUGCUUCUUCUCGGCCACCUCCAUGUCCUGGGAUUUACCAUAUCAAGAAUCUGUCACCUGCGAUGCCAGUGCUACCUCGGCUUUGGACCAUUUUCUGUCAUGUAAAGUUCCUACUGACCAGCUGACCAGCACACACUUUCCAGGCUGUGGUAUGAGUCCUUCUACCAGCCCAGAGGCAACAGCUGGUAUUCUUGUAGAGAUGGCCACUAGGUCUAAUGACGCCAGCACGACCAGGUCAAAGGCCACAGUCACUUCAUGUGAAGAUGCAGCUACCCUGCAGUCCACCAAGCACAGCUGUCUCCCAGGAAAAGCCCUGAGUCUUGAGAAAAGGUCAGCAGGAAGCCCCCCUUUUGUGACUGCAUCCCCGAGCGACCUGGAAGGGAUAGUGACUGUAUCCCCAAGCGACCUGGCAGGGAUACUUUCUUGCCUGCAUUAUCUACACCCACUCUCCCCUCCUCUCCCAUGUGGUACCAAAGGUGGUGUUUCAAGGACCAGUUCAGUUAGUGACAGCAUAUGUGAAGACUGCACAGACAGCAGUACAGAUAGAGCUAAUGUGUGUUUGAAUGCCCAUGCUGAUGUCAGGGAAGGUAUCAUGGAGGACAGUCAUGUCAACAUGACAACAGUGACACACCUCUCACCUGUAUACCAGACGUCAGCAUUAUCAGAAACAUCACCAGCAAUGUCACCAUUGGUAGGGUUACCAGCAAGCAUGUUGACACCAGAAGAGAUUAAAAUUCGCAUGCUGGCCCAUGAAAUUCUGUCUCUUCUUGAGGAAGAAGUCUUGGAUGGCCCCACUGUUUUGGAUGAAAUUGAUGGAAUGAGUGAUGAUGCAGAUAGUGACAUGGAGAUGGAUGUGCAAGACACAGUUGUAGAAGUAGAGCCAUAGUUUGAUCCUUGUUUUCUCAGAUGUAGAACCAUAGUUUGAUCCACAUUUUUUUAUCUGGCCCGGCAUUUUGCAUGUUCAUGCAUUAUGGUAUUUAUACUAAAAAAAAAUACUGAUCAUGAAGUUUACAAUGCAGAAUACUGAUGUGAGGAAAUUCCUUGAAAGUUUAGGAAACAUCUAAUUUGCUAUCCGAAGAUAGGAAAUGUUUUCUUAUAUGAUGUGGCAGUAGCUCUAUAACCCAGACUCUGUGUGUGUGGCAGGCUGUAUAUGCAUAUUAUAAGAUGCCUUGCAGCAUGGAAAACUAACCCGUCUAAUUUGAGGACACAAACUUACAUUCUUUUUGGCUUUUACCUAACCCUAAAUGAAAAUGUAGUUAUUCUUUAGUUUCCUGUAAGCUUUCCUUUUGUAGUUUAUUUUUAUUAUAGUUUAUUAAGCUAUACAGUUCAUGAACUUUGCAAUGGUUAAAGGCUACUUUUUAACUGCAACAUUAUUUGCUAUUAAAAAGCUUAAUUUAUUACAUUA